UGUUUUUUUCUUGCCGCCACAGAACAGAAUCGGCAACACUGCUGCGUCAUCCUGCUUCCUACAAAAAAAUUAAAUAGUUUAUAAAAAUGAUUAUCACCGUGAAAAAUCUGCAGCAGCAGACUUUUACUAUUGAUUUUGAUCCGGAGAAAACGGUACUCGAACUAAAAAAGAAGAUUUUUGAAGAGCGGGGCGCAGAGUACUUGCCCGAAAAGCAGAAAUUGAUUUACGCUGGCGUCAUUUUGGUAGAUGAUCGGAAAAUCAGCUCAUACAAAGUAGAUGAAAAAAAGUUCAUUGUUGUUAUGCUAACUCGAGAUGCGGCGCCAUCGUCGGCUUCAUCGACUACUGCUAGCACCAGUGAGAAAGUUGCUGAAAAACCCAGUGAGAAAAAAACAAAUCCGGAGCCGACACCAACAGCUCCAUCACCAGCAGCAGUGUCCGCGCCGGUGCCAGCAAGCGUAGCUUCUUCUGGUGCUUCAGGCACCACUUCCGACUCGCCAAACACCGAGACUACUGUUUCGCCUACGGCCCCCAGCACAGAUCAGACCAGGGCCGAGUCAAGUCUGCUUAUGGGCGAAGAAUACAAUCGCACUGUAUCAUCGAUGGUUGAAAUGGGAUACCCACGCGAACAGGUUGAACGCGCAAUGGCUGCCAGCUUUAACAAUCCUGAACGUGCCGUAGAAUAUUUGAUUAAUGGCAUACCUGCUGAAGAAGAUCAACUUUUCAACGAUACUGAUCCCACUUCACAAUCUAAUCCAAAUCCAAGAGUGGCAGACGCAUCCUCAAUUAACGCUCCUUCAGGACGGUCCACAGCUGAUCCUUUUGAGUUCCUGCGCAGCCAGCCGCAGUUCCUCCAAAUGCGUUCUCUGAUCUAUCAAAAUCCACAACUUCUGGAUGCAGUUCUGCAGCAGAUUGGCCAGACGAAUCCCGCAUUGCUGCAGCUCAUUUCAGAAAACCAGGACGCAUUUCUGAAUAUGCUGAAUCAGCCACUCGAAGGGGAGUCCUCGGCUCGCGGCACUGCCCGCUCUGAGGGCUUGGCUUCUGGCUUAUUGGAGGUCGCUGCCCAGCGAUCAGCUGCCGGCGCUCAAGAAACGACUUCCGCAGCACGCGCUUCUGUCCCCGGUUCUCCCUCAGCCACUGAAGGCGGCGCCUCUGAAAGAGAAACCGCUGAACAGCAGCAACUCGCCGAAGGCGUGGCCACCAUUCGUCUCAAUCCCCAAGACCAAGACGCAAUAGAAAGGCUUAAGGCCCUCGGAUUUCCAGAGGCCCUUGUACUGCAGGCUUAUUUUGCAUGUGAAAAGGACGAAGAGUUGGCUGCAAAUUUUCUACUUUCAUCCAGUUUCGAUGAUUAAGAUGAUUGGCCGACCUAGUGUGAAAUAUGUUACCCCUAUAUAUACCUACCUUCUAUAUAUAACGAACUCGUUACCGAAUAAAUUGAAAGGGUUUAUCGAGUAAAUAACCCAUAGAAAAAUGGGAAUUAAAUAAGACCGAUACCUUAAUUUACAAGA